AAGUUCCUCUUUCCUUCUAUCACCGAUUCAACGUUGCCAUAUCCCUUCCUUCCCUCCUUCAGCAGCCAGCAUUCAUCGCCAAGAGAGAAUUGAAUCGCUUCGCUUCCCGCUCAGAAUAUAUUUUUAAAAGCAAAGCAUUACUCUCCUCUCCGUAUGUCUCCAAAGCACCCAUUUCCCUUGUUAAAUUUCUUACCCUCCCACCAUCUUCUUUUCCAUGCUCCCAUACCCUAUUCCCAUCAAUGGCAUCCGAACGUAUCCAAUCCGCCACCAAUGAAUCCAUUCCACCGCCGUCACCGCAGCCGCCGUCUGUUGAACGGUUCAAAUACUCCACUAGGAUUUUGCUCCGAUCGAUUUUGGGUCGGGACGAUGGAGGCAAAGGGUUGGCCGGGCAGAGAGUUCAGGUUGGGGGAUGGGUGAAAUCUGGCGUGGAUAAACAGAAGCCGAGUGUUCCAUCGUCGACGUCGCCUGUGGCUGCGGCCCCUUCAGUCGUGAAGGACGUGGCUUGCUCCGAAGUUCUGGUUUCCUGGCUCCCCAUUCUCCGAUCGAUUGCGAGGAUUCUCACUGGCGGAGGAUACAGCGCGCAUUUUCUCAGGAAGCUGGACUGUCCAGGGAAGCCUGUGCCAACCGUUGGCUACUUGAGGAUCAGUGAUGGGUCUUGCCCUGCUAGUCUCGAGGUAGUGGUUGAUUCCUCUGUACAUCCUCUAUCCGAAAUAUUGCCUGUUGGCAUCUCAAUUCUAGUAGGAGUGCUAGCCAGAUCGAAGUUGCCAGGAAAGUAUGCAGUGGAACUUGAAGUGGACAAAGUUUUAUAUGUUGGUGGUGUUGGUUUUGACUAGUAUCCCUUGUCAAAAGGACGGUUGUCAAUGGCAAUCUUAAGGGCUCAUCCACACCUUCGUCCAAGAACAUCUAUGGUAGCCUCAAUUGCACGAAUUCGCAACUCCCUAUUGCAUUCUACUCAUCAAUUCUUCCAGAGCAAUGGCUUCCUUAACGUGCAGAUGCCCAUCAUUACUGCUACUAAUUCAAAGAACCAUAGCGUGUUGCUUGAGGUUGCAAAUCUCUCAAACCCAAUUAGUGCUCAAGAGGCCAAAAACCUAGAAACAAUCAAAGCUGCUAUUAAGGAAAAAGGCAAGAGAAUUGAGGAGCUGAAGAGAAGUAAUAGCAACAGAGAGGCCCUUCUUAUUGCAUUGCAAAACCUUCAGAAGGCUAAUGAACUAGCUAAUCAGUUGGAACAUAGACUGACUUCAACCUCUGCGAAGAUCAAAAAGGAAGAUUUUUCCGAAAAUUUCUUUGGUCGUCAGGUGUAUCUGUCAUCUUCUUCUCAGCUUCACUUAGAAAGCUAUGCCUGCUCCCUUAGCUGUGUCUAUUCCUUGGGACCAACAUUUCAAGCUGAGGAUGCGCCGCCCGAGAAGAGUUUGGCUGAAUCGUGGAAGGUUGAAGUUGAACUUGCCUUUGCAGAGCUAGAGUAAUAAUUACAGGAUGCUAUGAACUGUGCAGAGGAUUUUUUGAGGUACCUUUGUCAUUCCAUCAUUGAGCAUUGCCCACAUGACAUACAACUCAUGUACCAGCGAGUCGACGACAAGUGUAUUGACCGCGUUAAAUCUAUGGGAUCGAGCUCUUUUGCCAGACUUAGUUACACACAAGCUGUGGAAAUUUUAAAUAAGGUAGUUUUGCAAUUUUCGUUUCUCAAUUGGCUUCUUUGAUCAUAAUUUGAUCAUUAAAGCCGAUGAACUCUGCUUUUUUCACAUGGAAACUAAAAAGAGGGUUGAAGAGAAAGUUGAGCGGGGCAUAAAUCUAUCAACAGAACAUGAAAACAACUUUCUGUGCUAUGUUUGUGCUUUAUUUCUUAGAAUGUUAUUCCAAACCUUAUGCAAUAUUGACAGAAUUCUGGCUGAUGAGAUUUAUAGUCUGCCAGUCAUCAUAUAUGAC